GGGAUCCAGCAGCUGGUAGUGAGUUACCAGAGCAGUCAACACACACACACACCUCAGACUCCAUGUGAGGCGAACCUCGUCGUCUUCCUCUCAGGCGACGCAGAAAUAUGCUGUGCGGACGCCUCAGCCCUCACCACAGCGGCUUUUGAGUCACUAUUGUCUUGAUUUUGGAGGAUUCCUCCCUCCAUCCUCCGGUUCGUUCCAGACGGGCAAUGACAACGGUCUCAGCAACCCCGCAGCAGAUGAGGGACCGGCUGCUGCAGGCCAUCGACAGGCACAGCAAUAUAUGCAACAUGGUGGUUGUACUGGAGGUUAUCACCUGUCUUGAAAAGUAUCCUAUCACCAAAGAAGCACUUGAGGAAACCCGGCUUGGAAAAUUAAUAAAUGACGUGCGAAAGAAGACCAAGGAUGAAGACCUUGCGAAGCGUGCAAAGAAACUCUUGCGGAACUGGCAGAAGCUGAUCGAGCCUGGACCGACUGUCAACGCCACCCUACCUGGCUCUACUAAUGGAAGCUCUCAUCCCUGUCGAACGGACACCUCCCCGCCUGAUGUUUCGGUUUCAGGGAAGGGUGUCCCUGAGGUCAAAAUUAGAAAUGAUGUGCACAACACGUACUCUCCAAAAGCUGAGAAGUCAGGCAGCCGGAAGCGCAGAGCAGAGAACAGAGACAGUGGGGUCUAUUUGCCAGAGAAAAUCUCCAAGAUGUCGUAUGAUAAUUCUGUUUCGCCACCCCCAACCAAUGGGAUUGCAGGAAGCCCGGACACUCUCCCCGACCAGGAGGUAGUCCCGUCCCCAGAUAGAUCUCGGGUAGAGCACCUCGACAACGAUAAGAUCAACAGAAUUCCAGUGAAUGCCGUCAAGCCUCGCCCCAGCUCCCCAGGAAUGGCCAAACUGCCGAGCACAUCAUCUUUAAGUAAGGUUGCCGUCAUGCAGCAACAGGCUCGGUUGGAUGAUGGCGGUGGAGGAAGCUGUUAUCCAACAAGAAGUCCUCGCGGACUCACUGCCAGUCCGAGGAGUGCGAAACCAGACAACUCGGUCAAGCGCUCCGCAGCGUUCACACCAAAAGGAGCAUCUGUUCAUAGUCCUUCUAGUCGGAAAUCUCCAAUGCCUUCGUCCCAGCCUGCUUUCUCCCCGGCUCAGUCUUCGUACGCUGACAAGCUGCCACAUGCUUCUCACAGGUCCGCAAUGCACUGGUCCUCUUCUACAGAUGUCCAAUCUCAUCGCUCACCCCAAGACCCGUCGGCGUCAUUGGAAUCCCCAUCGUCCUCUCCUUCUCCUUCCCAACCCCUUAAUAACUCAGAACUCCACAGGACUGUGUCGGAGGCACCAGCGGUCGGGUCCGAUGACACCGAAGGGACACCCAUGUCCAACCUGGAUCUCAAAAGGAGAAAAUACCGGCCUCGGGACUAUUCUGUCAACUUAGAUGGACAAAAAUUUGAGGACACAACUAAGCCAGUGAGGUUAAAAGAACGUAGACUCACGUUUGACCCCGUCACCGGGCAGAUCAAACCCCUGGUACAUAAAGAACCAUCUCAGACAGAGGACGCCCCUUCCCCUUGUCCCACUCCUGAACCUGCUGAGUCUAGGCAAAGGACUGAUAUCGCUCAGCCUGCUGCCCCAGUCACAACCCCAGGUCCCAGUCCGAACCCUUUUUGUCAGACAAACUGGAACGAGCUGUCUAGGAAUGAAAUAAUCCAGUCCUACUUGAACCGUCAGAGUAAUGUGCUCACCUCCUCUGGGGUUCAGGCCCCGAGCGCACACUUUUUCAUGUCAGAGUAUCUGAAAAGGGAAGAAAAAACUGUCACCGAAACGAGAAAGACACACGUGUUGCAGACGGAUAGUUUUGUCGGGGAUUUACCCGGCGUAAGUCGAGAGGUGACGGACGAGGACAUGGACAGGAUACACACUCAACACUGGCCGGGGGUGAAUGGUUGUUUGGACACUAAGGGGACCUGGUAUGACUGGACAGAGUGCAUAUCGUUGGACCCUCAUGGGGAUGAAAGCAAAUUGAACAUCCUGCCAUACGUUUGCCUAGACUGAGGGUUUGGGAAGAUUCCUUCCCUUUCCACUCCCGUCUCUGUUUGAGACCAGAUUCUUUGUGAUUUUUGUUUGUUCACUGUGAGUUUGGCAAGUCCCAGGCCUGCUAAACUCCCCCUCCACACCCAUAUCUCCUCCUCCUCCUCUUCCUCUUCCUAAUCUAUUGAUUUUUGGUACAAACCGGUAAAAAAGGAAAAAAAUUGAAAGACUAAAUUGAGUUUGUGAUAACAAGGGCUGGUUUUGAAUUAUUUUACAAAGCAAACGCCACAGAACGAUGAGGCCUUAGUUGUGUAGCACCGCUACUAAAAAGUCAUCCUUUGUAACCCAAAGCAAAUUAUGUGAAUUUUUCAUAUUCUGUAUUCUACAGAUGUUUCAGGCUUAAUUGGAUAAUGAUUUUUCACCUUUUGAUAUUGAAUGAGGAUUUGCUAUGUAGAACUAUACUAGUGUGAAGGCUGGGGUUUAGUUGUCCUGCCUGGACCGCCCGUGUUCUUGCCCAGAGAGUGGAGUUCGCCCAGCACACACCGCUCAUCGUGUUGAGAGAGGAAUACUGGAGCAGUUUUUGGCGGCUACAAGAAGCUUUAUGUGAAAUAUAAAAGAGUAAAUUAUAAAUUUGUUAAUGUAUACAUCUAUUUAUUUUUUCUUUUUUUUUUUUUUGACCAGUGCAUUUAUGGAAUGUCCAUCCACACAGGUGUUCAAAAACCGUCAUUUGCCUCUUCACUUUUUCUUUCGCACAUCGGUUCUUCCUGCCUUGUUCUUAAGAAAUAGUUCUUCUCACCAUACAUUCCACUCACCUUCAACCGUCAUAGCUCUUCGUCACGCUGCUUUAGAUCUCAGUUAUUGCACCCCUUUUUUUUCCAAAUUAAGAGCACUCAAAUUUCAGUUGGUGACAAAUGCGGAAACGUGGUAAAUUGCUUACUCAGCAUUUUAUCUUGCUGUACGUCCAUUGAGCUCUUUGGGAAGCCGCCAGUAGUGUUUUGAAGACAGCGAGGUUCACUGUACCAGUCAAUGCGUGUAUGGAUUGGCAACUUCACCAAGUCAAGAUUUAGGUGUAUCAAUGACCAUCCUACUCCAGUCGAGUGCAGUACUUGAAUCAUGUUAGUUCUGCAUGAAUCCUGGUGUGAACGUACAUCAUUGCAGUCUCCCCUCACUUUUUGUGUUUUUGAAAUUGUCUUUUCAGUUUGUAUUCUGAACACGAUCAUCAACAUGGUUGUGCGUCCUGUUCAUCUCUGACCAUUGAAGUUACAUUUCUAUUUCAGUCAGUAUUUUGGAGACGAUUAAAGUUCUUGUAGCUGCUUUAAGGUUUAGGAAACAUACGGUAGCAUCGUACUUGACUCCUCUAUCCCUUUACUCUCUCUGGUUUCCACACUUUUUUGCAGCUUCUAUUUUCAUGAGUCCACUCCUUAAUUCAUCCCUACCAAUGUGCCUUGGUAAACGGUAAAUCUGGAUUUGCUUCCGCGUAGAACACAUUUGUCCUUGGAGCUGGAAGUGUGAGAGUUCUGAAUUCCGAGAUCAGUAUGAUGCUGGUUUAUGCACCGUCAAUGUUACUUUAUUUUUGAAGCACUGAUGGAGGGUGCGGGUGAUGGAAAACUGCACAACACCACAGCUGGCAAUAAAGAGAAGUGCUACAAUCGCUUGAUUUAAAAUCUGUGUUGUGGAGUUUGGACAGGGGCAUCCUUCUUUGUUCAGUGUUUAACAUCUCUCAAUUGUUUGAAAAAUAAAGUGAUCUAAUUCUUCAGCUUCAGUGUGUGUCUG